UGACGUCACCGGGCUGACUCUCUUCCUGCUGCAUCACAGCAGCCUUUAGCAGCUCUGGUAGUACUUGCGACCGCGGGGACGGAAUACACACGGCCAGUUCGCAGGUUACUAACUACCCCCUGACAGCUUUCGCGGCAUCCCGACACAGGGGCUAGGCGUCAGGGAACCGGUUGCAGCGCGAUAACCUCCCCCUCCCCGCUUCCAGCUGUUGGGAUAUGGCCAGGCCGGAACAGGUUCUGCUCUUGGAGCCUCAGCACGAACUGAAAUUCAGAGGUCCGUUUUCAGACGUGGUCACCACAAAUCUUAAGCUCUCCAACCCUACAGACAGGAAUGUAUGUUUUAAGGUCAAGACGACGGCGCCCCGCCGGUACUGCGUGCGGCCUAACAGUGGCAUCAUUGAUGCAGGCACCUCUAUCAACGUCUCUGUCAUGUUGCAGCCUUUUGAAUAUGAUCCCAAUGAAAAGAGCAAGCACAAGUUUAUGGUCCAGUCCAUGUUAGCGCCUCCUGACAUGACCGACAUGGAGGGAGUGUGGAAAGAAGCAAAGCCAGAGGAGUUGAUGGACUCUAAGCUGAGGUGUGUCUUUGACAUGCCGGUGGAGAAUGAAAAGACGCAUGACAUGGAGUCCAACAAGAUGUCGUCGAGCUUGCUGAAGUCGGAGUCGUCUGCGCUGCCCACAAAGUCACUGAGCUCCACCUUGGACGACGGAGAAGUAAAAAAGAUCAUGGAGGAGUGCAAGCGGCUGCAGAUGGAGGCUCAAAGGCUACGGGAAGAAAACAAACAGAUAAGAGAGGACGAUGGUCUCCGGAUGAGGAAGAGCAACGUCAUGUCGUCCCAGCACGCCUCGGGCUCCAUGAAGAGGGAGGAAGGGUUGAGCGCCCGCUCCGUGGCCCUCAUCCUGCUCUUCUUCAUCAUCGGCGUCAUCGUGGGGAAGCUGGUGUUGUAGAGCGCAGCUCUCGGGUCGGCCGCCGCAUGCUUUCAUGGUGGAUGAAAACAAACAGGAUCUGGGAUUUUUGGAUCAGAAUGCCAUAACUGCUGGGUGGGUGGGGUGGGGUGGGG